AUGGACGCCCUCAGAUCCGUAGUUAGAGCCGGGUUGCUCGUAUCACUGGCGGGCAUUUUGUAUACAGUCUUCCGGAUCCUCUACAACAUUUUCCUACAUCCGCUGCGCCGCUAUCCAGGACCAUGGCUCUGGUCCGCUACGCGGCUGAUAUGGGUCAUAUCUCUGCAAAAGGGACACUUGCACAACGACAUCCUACAGCUUCACAAUCGCUAUGGUCCAGUCGUACGAAUAGCGCCUGAUGAAUUGUCAUACAUUGACGCCCAAGCCUGGAAGGACAUCUACCAUAAUCCUGCGCUAGAACGCAACCAAGUCUGGUUUCGGAAAAUCAAGCCUGAUGACCCUUGGAGUAUCAUGGGGAGUCAUGAAGGUCACCAUGCUCGCUUUCGGCGAGCGUUCAUGGGCGCAUUCAGUGACAAGGCUAUCAAGGGGCAUUCGCCGCUGUUGGAGCACUAUGUCGAAAUCAUGAUGAAACACUUCAGCGGCGUGGCGACAGAUCAUAGUGCUGUAGUCGACAUUGUGUCCUGGUUCAACUAUGUUACCUUUGAUAUCUCUGGCGAUCUUUGCUUCGGAGAGUCCUUCGGAAGUACUGCAACAGGGCGGCAACAUCCUUGGGUGCAGAUCGCUUGCUCGUUCGGCAAAGGUGUCGCAUUGAUAGCCUCGCUCAACUUCUUCUCGCCAUUGAACAAGGCGCUGAAGUACAUUCUGCCAGCUGAUGUGCGCGAGAGGGCUCAAUAUCAUCGAGAACUUAGCGCAAGCAAGGUUCAACAACGAUUGGAGCUUGGCGAGACUAGGAACGACUUCAUAACUACGAUUUUGAAGUACAAUAACUCUAAGGCAGACCCUGUCACUGUGAGCGAGAUGCAGGUCAACAUGAGCAUUAUGGUGUUCGCCGCCAGUGAGUAG